AUGUUCCCUAACACAUCGAACGUUGAGAAGGCCGGAAAGAUCUUCCGGCCUUGGGAUAAACCCGCCGAUGAAGAUCAAAACUCUUCGAGCAGCUUCAACUCUCCCAUCAAGGUGGAAUUACCGACUCCUCCGCCGCAACCAGUGGAGACUUAUCCGCCGUACCCGGAGUACUUUCCGAAUUUGGCGCAAAGUUUGGGACUUCCCAGCACCGACCCAAUGUUUCUCGAGCAUCUGUCGCACGGUUACGCUCUCGAAGAAUACGCUAGAGUCAUGAGUCAAGAACACCAAACGAAGUUGAUGAACGCGAGGAAGCAGCGUCCGAAGAAGUACAAGUGCCCUCACUGCGACGUGGGCUUCUCCAACAACGGACAACUCAAGGGACACAUCCGCAUCCACACCGGUGAAAGACCAUUCAAAUGUGACGAAAAGGAUUGCGGGAAAACGUUCACCAGAAACGAGGAGUUAACCAGACACAAGAGGAUACAUAGCGGAUUAAGACCAUUCCCGUGUCCACAGUGCGGAAAGCGCUUCGGCCGUAAAGACCACCUCAAGAAGCACACCAGGACCCACAUGCAACCAAGAGGAAUGUACGCAGUGCCGGUAAUGCUGCCACUCGACACCUGGACGGCGGCUUCGGCGGCUUACCCUUACCUUCCGAUGUACAGCUUCUGA